AUGGAUGACUCUUUAGAAAAUAAUCCCGAAGUGGAAAAUAAUCCUGAAGUAGAAAUUGAUCAACCUACUACGCCUCUUAUGAAGGUUAUUCCAGCUAAACGAAGUGUUGAAAGCUGGGUUUGGGAAUUUAUAAAUAAAAAAACUCGGCAAUGUCAAGUUUUAAUUGAAAAAAAUGGUGUUAAACGUCAAUGCAAAUGGUUUUGUCAAGAAAAAACAAGCACAACUAAUAUUGCUAGUCAUUUAAGAGCCAAAUAUCGAAUUAUUGAAGGGAAAGAAACUGAAAUAGUAAGCUCUAAAAUACAUAAAAAUAAUCCACCAGAACAAAAUAAAAUUGAACGAAUUACAUAUAGUUUAAUAGAUUGGUUAAUAGAUGACAUGCAAGCAUUUCAUGUAGUCGAAAAUC